GACGGGGCGGGCGGAGGAGGCGGCGGCGGGAAGGAGGCGCUUGCUGGGCCGGGCUCCGCACCCCGAGGGCGCCAUGGGUCGGGCGUGGGCCCCGCUGCCGGGCCCUCCGCUGCUGGCCUCCGUGGCGCUGCUGCUGCUCCUGCUGUUGCUCCUGGUGCUGCGGUGGCGGCGGCGCCCCGCGGAGGCGGCGGGUCUGCGCGGGCCGUGGGGCUGGCCGCUGGUGGGCAACGCGCUGCAGCUGGGCCGCCUCCCGCACCGCACCUUCUGGGCCUGGGCGCGGCGCUACGGCGAGGUCUUCCGCCUGCGGCUGGGCUCCCGCGCGGUGGUGGUGCUCAACGGCGGGGCGGCCAUCCGGGAGGCGCUGCUGCGGCAAGGCGCGCCCUUCGCCGGGAGGCCCGACUUCCCCUCCUUCCGCCUGGUCUCCGGCGGGAAGAGCAUGGCCUUCGGGGGCUACACGGCGCGGAGCCGGGCGCAGCGCAAGGCGGCGCAGGCCUCGCUCCGGGCGCUCUCCGCCUCCUCCGACGUCUUGGAGCGGCACGUGGCGGAGGAGGCGCGCGAGCUGGUGGCGCGGCUAGUGCGCGCCUGCGCGGAGCAGGGCGGCUACGUGGACCCGGCCCCGCUCCUGGCGGUGGCCAACGCCAACGUGAUGUGCGCCCUGUGCUUCGGGCGGCGCUACGGCCACGACGACGCCGAGUUCCGCGCCCUCCUGGGCCGCAACGACCGCUUCGGGCAGACCGUGGCCUCGGGCAGCCUGGUGGACGUCCUGCCCUGGCUGCAGCGCUUCCCCAACCCGGUGCGGAGCGUCUUCCGCGACUUCCAGGCGCUCAACGAGGAGAUGCACGCCUUCGUGGGCGCGCAGGUGGCGCAGCAGAGGCGCAGCUUCCUCCCGGGGCGGCCCCCGCGGCACCUGGGCGACGCGCUGCUGUCCCGGGGCGAGCUGUCGGGCGAGGAGGCGGAGGGCGCGCUGACGGACCUCUUCGGCGCCGGGCAGGACACCACGUCGGCGGGGCUGGCCUGGGUGCUGCUGCUCCUGCUCCGCCACCCGGCGCUCCGCCGGCAGCUCCAGCGCGACCUGGACCGCGUGGUGGGGCCCGGGCGCCUCCCCGCCGCCGCCGACCGGCCCGCCCUGCCCCGCCUCGAGGCCUUCCUCUGCGAGACGCUCCGCUUCACCAGCUUCGUCCCGCUCACCAUCCCGCACGCCGCCACCUCCGACGCCGCGCUGGGCGGCCGCCCGGUCCCCGCCGGCACCGUCGUCUUCGUCAACCAGUGGUCGGCCAACCACGACCCGCGCCGCUGGGAGGAGCCGCACCGCUUCGACCCGGGCCGCUUCCUGGACGCCGAGCAGCAGCGCCUCGACAAGGACCGCGCCGCCCGCGUCCUCCUCUUCUCGCUCGGCAAGCGGCGCUGCGUCGGGGAGCGCGUGGCCCGGCUGCAGCUCUUCCUCUUCGCCGCCAUCCUCCUCCACCAGGGGCGCCUCGAGCCCAAGCCCGGGCAGGCGCUCAGCCUCGAGGCCCAGCACGGCCUCGUCCUCCGCCCGCGCCCCUUCCUCCUCGCCGUCUCCCCCAGGGCGCCCGGGGAGGAGGGGCAGGCCGAGGGCGAGGAGGCCUCCUAGGGGUCCCCAAGGCCACCCACACCAGCCAGAGGGACAGCCGGCCGCUGCUUUGGACGCGCCACCGGACAGAAGGGAUCCCCAAGAGCCACCCAGUCCGUCCCCACCCUGCCAGGCAGGAACACA